AUGGCAGACAGGAAUCACAGUGUGGUAACUGAGUUUAUCUUGUCGGGAUUCACAGACAACCUGAUUGCAAGUCUCUUCCUGGUGUUUCUGCUGAUCUACCUGUUAACUCUAGUGGGAAAUCUGGGGAUGGUUGUGCUCAUCUGGAUGGACUCCAGGCUGCACACCCCCAUGUACUUCUUCAUCAGCAGCCUUUCCUUCUUAGACGUCAGCUAUUCCACCAUCAUUAUACCUAGCACGCUCAUGACCUUGGUGGCUGAGAGAAAAGUCGUAUCCUACACAGCGUGCACAGCUCAGCUCUUCCUGUUCUGCAUUGCAGUGACAGGAGAGUGCUAUCUUCUGGCUGUGAUGGCAUGUGACCGGUUUAUAGCCAUCUGCAACCCCUUGCUCUACCCUGUCAUAAUGUCCAAGAGGUUUUGCAUGCUCCUCGUGUGUGGUGCCUACUUCAUGAGCAGCUUGAAUGCAACCAUUCAGACAUUAUUUAUAUUCCACCUCUCUUUCUGCAGUUCCAACAUCAUCAAUAAUUUCUUCUGUGAUAUGCCUCCCAUCCUGAAGCUCUCCUGCUCUGACACUCACAUCACUGACCUCGUUCACUUCACUUGUUCUGCUGUGCUUGUCAUUUCAACCAUGCUCCUCAUUCUCAUCUCUUACAUCUGCAUUGGCAUUACCAUCCACAAGAUUAAAUCUCCCAAAGGCAGACACAAGGCCUUCUCCACCUGUGCAUCCCACCUGACUGCUGUCACCAUGUUCUAUGGGACAGGCUCCUUCAUGUACUUACGGCCCAGUUCAAAAUACUCCAUGGAGCAUGACAAGAUCAUCUCUGUGUUUUAUACUCUGACAAUUCCCAUGCUGAACCCUAUGAUUUAUAGCCUGAGGAACAAGGAAGUCAAAAAAGCCCUUCGAAGGACGCUAGCAAGACUAUAUUGCUCUCCCUGUGUACUACAGAGAUUCAGGAGUCCGAGAAGGACACGAAGAGGCUGA